AGGAACCGCUUCGCGACAGUAUUGAACAAGUGUUUCCGAAGGCGAUAAUUCGACAGUGUUUUCGCUGUUUUGUGAGCAUAUUUUUUUAAAGAGAUAAGAGCUAUGUCUGACCAUUUCCUUGACGAGUACGAGCACUUCAUCUACGAUUACGACAAGCAUAUAUUCACCAGUCACAGUGGUAAACAACGGAGUAAACGCGAAGUCCUGACACACACGAAUCAUUUUGAUCCGUGCGGCCAUUCCAGAAAGAUCGUCACGAAAUUGAUGAACUCCGAACACAAUAAACGGAAUGUUGGAAAGGCGAAGGCAUAAACUGAUUUUGGUGUUCGAGAUUUCUUCCUACUUCAUAAGAAAAGUAUUAGUUUGUCCACUUUGACAAAUUGGAACUUCUUGGAUAUAUACGUAUAUACACACGCAUAUAUACACAUACACACACAUUAUAUUAAACAUAAAAACUUCAUUUUCUUUAUUCUCAGCAAUGCAUUUAGUCGCUGAACAUAGAUUCUCAGUUAGGAUAAGGUAAUUAGUACUUAGUAUAAAUAGGCAACAUCUUAUCAUCACUGUCAUCUUACAUAUUAUAAUUUAUAACAUAAUUACCUCCUAAGUUAGACUACUCUUGGAGCAGGAUUACCUGAGAUAAGAGUUCUUAUGGUGUGUCAUAGGGUGUAUUAAAUAAUGUUUAUAUUGGAUUUACGCACACUGUAAACAUUUUUAG